AUGGUAACAGUGUUGCUUUUUUUACAGAUCUACUAUCAGAAUAAACUAAGGCUGGCUCUCAUUGGUCAGAGCGUAUUUGGCCAAGAAGUAUAUAACAAUUUGCGCAAAGAAGGACAUAAAAUAGUGGGGGUCUUCACAGUCCCAGACAAGGAUGGAAAGGCGGAUCCUCUUGCGGUGGCAGCAGAGAAAGAUGGCACACCGGUGUUUAAAUUUCCCCGAUGGCGGCUGAAGGGAAAGUCUCUUUCGGAGGUAGUAGAUGCCUACAAAUCUGUUGGAGCUGAGCUCAAUGUUCUUCCUUUUUGCUCACAGUUUAUUCCCAUGGAUGUAAUUGAUCAUCCUAAAAAUGGCUCUAUUAUCUAUCACCCUUCUAUUCUUCCCCGUCACAGAGGAGCCUCUGCUAUAAACUGGACUUUGAUAGAUGGAGAUAAAAAGGCUGGCUUUUCUGUUUUCUGGGCUGAUGAAGGGUUGGAUACAGGUCCAAUUUUACUCCAGAAAGUAUGUAACGUGGAGCCCAAUGAUACAGUGGAUUCUCUUUACAAUCGGUUCCUCUUUCCUGAAGGUGUUAAGGCCAUGCUGGAAGCUGUACAGUUAAUUGCUGAUGGUAAAGCACCUCGUAUAGACCAACCAGAAGAUGGGGCCACGUAUGAGGGAAUCCAGAAAAAAGAAAAUGCUAAGAUUUCCUGGGACAACUCUGCAGAGGCUAUCCAUAACUGGAUCCGUGGACAUGAUAAAGUGCCAGGAGCUUGGACUGUCAUAAAUGACCAGAUGGUAACGCUUUAUGGAUCAUCUUUACUGGAGGGAACAGUGCCUGCUGGAGAACCAUUGCCCAUUGAUGGAGCACCAAGGCCAGGACUUGUUACAAAAAAUGGAUUAGUUCUUUUUGGUAAAGAUGGAAAAAUGUUAAUUGUCAAGAAUCUUCAGUUUGAAGAUGGGAAAAUGAUCCCUGCAUCUAAUUACUUUUCAAGAGGGGAUGUUACCACCUUGGAGCUAACCGAAGAGGAAAAAAUUAUGGAGUCUAAUAUCAGGGACAUUUGGAAGGGAAUUCUAACUAAUGUUGCUAUAAUAGAAGACACAACAGAUUUUUUUAAAUCUGGAGCUGCAUCCAUGGAUGUUGUCAGGUUGGUUGAGGAGAUCAAACAGAAAUAUGGUGGGUUAGAACUACAGAAUGAAGAUGUCUAUAUGGCCACUACAUUUCAAGACUUCAUACAAAUGGUUGUGAGGAAAUUCAGAGGAGAAGAUAAAGAAGAGCUAGUUAUAGAUUAUGCUACAUUAAAUGUGAACAACAUGACUGUGAAGAUGCCAUACCAGUGUUUUAUAAAUGGACAGUUUGUGGAUGCGGACAGUGGGAAAAUGUAUGAUACUAUUAAUCCAACCGAUGGUUCGGUGCUGUGCAAAGUCUCAUAUUGCUCUGUAGCUGAUGUAGAUAAAGCUGUGGCUGCAGCAAAAGAUGCCUUUGAAAAUGGAGAAUGGGGAAAAAUGAAUGCAAGAGACAGAGGGAGAAUAUUAUACAGACUUGCAGAUCUUAUGGAAGAACAUCAAGAAGAGCUGGCAACUAUCGAAGCAUUAGACUCAGGAGCUGUCUACACAUUGGCACUGAAAACUCACGUGGGGAUGUCUGUGCAGACUUUCAGGUACUUCGCUGGAUGGUGCGACAAAAUUCAGGGAUCUACAAUUCCAAUAAACCAAGCACGUCCAAAUCGCAAUUUAACAUUCACUAAAAAGGAGCCACUAGGUGUCUGUGCUAUUGUUAUUCCUUGGAACUAUCCAUUGAUGAUGCUCGCAUGGAAGAGUGCAGCAUGUCUGGCUGCAGGAAAUACACUUGUUUUGAAACCUGCACAGGUUACUCCUCUUACAGCUUUAAAAUUUGCUGAGUUGUCUGUAAAAGCAGGUGUACCCAAAGGAGUCAUCAAUAUCCUGCCAGGGUCAGGUGGUUUGGUAGGACAGCGGUUGUCUGAGCACCCGGAUAUUCGCAAACUUGGCUUUACUGGGUCCACACCAAUUGGCAAACAGAUUAUGAAAAGUUGUGCUGUCAGCAAUCUAAAAAAGGUUUCACUGGAACUUGGUGGGAAAUCUCCUCUAAUCAUCUUUAACGACUGUGAUCUUGACAAGGCUGUAAGAAUGGGUAUGGGAGCUGUGUUUUUCAACAAGGGUGAAAACUGCAUUGCAGCAGGCAGACUGUUUGUUGAAGAAUCUAUACAUGAUGAAUUUGUAAAACGCGUGGUAGAAGAAAUUAAAAAGAUGAAGAUCGGUGACCCUCUGGACAGAUCUACAGAUCAUGGUCCACAAAACCACAAGGCCCAUCUGGACAAACUGCUGGAGUACUGUGAAACUGGAAUGAAGGAAGGAGCCACCCUGAUUUAUGGAGCCAGACAGGUGCCUCGUCCAGGUUUUUUUAUGGAGCCAACCGUAUUUACAAAUGUAGAAGACCACAUGUAUGUUGCCCAGGAAGAAUCCUUUGGGCCAGUAAUGGUUAUUUCCAAGUUCAAGGAUGGUGAUAUUGAAGGUGUUCUGGCACGAGCCAAUAGCACAGAAUAUGGGCUAGCAUCUGGAGUCUUCACAAAAGAUAUCAGUAAAGCAAUGUAUGUGACUGAGAAGCUGGAAGCCGGAACCGUGUUUAUCAACACCUACAACAAAACAGACGUUGCUGCACCAUUUGGAGGAUUCAAACAAUCAGGCUUUGGCAAGGACUUGGGUGAAGAGGCUCUCCAUGAAUACCUCAGAACUAAAGCAAUUACUGUGGAAUACUAG